GGACAAAUGCAUAACUAGGCACCAAGCUGAAUGAGUUUGUCCAUGUGUUCGAAAUACAACAUUGUAUUUAUUAUUAUAGAACAUGUAUUCAAAUGCGUGAAUUUCAGUUCGAAUAAAAGUCCGAUUUAUAUAUCACGUUGCGUUUAAAUUUACUAUUAUUCCCUUUCACUUUUGAGUAUUCACAAUUCCAUAAGGAAAGGACACUUGCCAGCACAGUUGCAUUGUGAAAUUUUUAUCCAAGAGCUACACGUUUUAAUACAAUGAUACACUGCAUAUUAUGUUAAACAAUCAAUUCAUGUAUUUUCUGCUCGUAUUGGUUAUAGGACUAUGAGUAAAUGUGCUAUGCAAGUGACUAAACAUGUCUAACCAAGUUAUGGAAUUGCUAGAGUCUAAUAAUUUAGUUAAAGUAUGUGCGCCCAUGGUUCGUUACAGCAAAUUACCAUUCCGUACCCUCGUGAGGAAGUACAAUUGUGACAUAUGUUUCACACCAAUGAUCAUUGCAGACUCCUUUGUUAUGUCUCAGUCUGCUAGAAAUAAUGAAUUUUGCACAAGUGCUGGUGACCGACCUCUAAUUGUACAGUUUGCUGCUAACAACCCUGAGGAUUUUUCUUGUGCUGCAGAAAUGGUUGCUCCACAAAGUGUGGAGUUGUGUCAACAAUUGGAAUCAGCAGGUGUCUCCUUUAUCACGAUUCAUGGUCGGACUCCUGCUCAAAGACACCAGCCCAUUAAUAUUGUAGCAUUACAGACUAUACGUGCAUCUGUUCAGUUGCCACUAAUUGCAAAUGGAGAUGUUAAAACUCUUCAAGAUGCUGAAGAACUUCAGAAAAAAACCAAGUGUGAAGGUGUGAUGGCAGCUCGAGGAAUUUUGACCAACCCAGCACUCUUCGCAGGAUUCUGUGUUACUCCAUUGGAUUGUGUUGCACAAUGGGUAGUUAUGGGACAAAAAUUAGAAACAAACUUUCAAAUAUUUCACCAUCAUCUGUCUUUCAUGUUAGAAAAAAUUAUGCGAAAAAGGGAGCGAGUACUAUUCAAUUCUUUAAAGAAUAUAACAGAUACCAAAAAUUUUCUUGAGGAAUAUUUUAAUUUAGAUUUUUCUCAGACAGUGUGUUCAUUAACAGCUGUUGAAGAGUGUAAUUAUGAAAAUGUUACAAAUGAUUUUAGACGAAAGAAUGUAGAAAUCAUGGAUUCAUUUGAAGAUUUUCUAGAAAAUUCAUGUUUGUAUGUAGAUUAGGUCUAGUAAAUGAAAUGAUACAAGAAGAAAACAUAAAUUAUAGAAAGUGAUGACAUGAUAUGAAAAUGAUUAUUUAACAAGUGCACAAGUUAGUUUAAAUGAAACCAUAGUUUUUAUUGCACUGAAGAUGUAUUUUAUUUCACACCUGUUUCAAAAGAACAUGAUCUGUUACUUCCUUAUGUUUUUAAUCAUAAACAAAUACUUAAUGAGACAACACCUCAUUGCAUUGAUGAUAUGGACAAAACAUUUUUAAUGACUAAAUUCAUUUGAUAUUGAUCCAUCUUAGUCUUACUGAACACUAACAGUAACAUCCACUUCUCAGACUACUAAUGUAAUGUUCAUUGAUAUAAUGUUCCACUAACUAUUAAAACAUUUUCUUGUGCAAUUUGAGUCAAUAAAAUUAAAAUAAAUAUGUAGGAGUCUCAGAGGCUGAUGUUACCACUAAUGUCACCAAAAAUAUUUUACCACUUGAGGGUUAAAAACUGUACAAGUUUCUAAAUUUCUUGUAAUAAUAAUGAAGUACUUGUCUAUGGAGAUGAGAGAGUUCAAUGAAAUGAUUGAGUGACAUUGUUUUCAGGGAAAACUUGUGGUACUUCUAAAAAUAUUGUUGAAUGUUGUGAAAAUUAUAGAAUCAAUAAUUGCUGUUCUUUUUGAUAAGAAUGUAUAUUGAGUCCUCUGGUUUAUAUGCAACUUAAGUAAAACUUCAAAAUGUCUUUGAAACUGCCCAUUAUUAUGUCUACCUUAGUAAUAGAAAGUUAAGAAAAGAUAAAUGAUUGAAGAGAGUUAGAGUGUUUUAUUUUUUUAAGGAAUUCUGAUGAAUUAAAUAUUAUAUUGAAUUUGCAAUUUUAGAGUGGAUUAUAAUAAUUUGAAGUCAGUCAUGCAUAUUUUUUAGUUAUUUUCCUAACUCAAUCUUCACAAGGGCUGAAUGAUGUCAUGAUGGUGAAAUGAAUAUUUUUAGUUUAAAUCAUAACAGUACAAAUUUAAUUAAACACAAGCCUUAUUGUUAAAUGAAAGAGAGGAAUGUUUGGUUUGGCUGUGAACAAAGACUUAAGAUCUUAUCCAUGUGCAAAUAAUCAAUUUGAACUCCUAGAUUUUAGUUUCUGUACUCAGGGCAUAGUGGUGUAAGUUUGUAUGUUGCUUUACCGAUGGAAUUUUUUUUAUGAAUGACAUAUUACCUUCAAAAAUUCUUAUUAUAGUUAUUUAAAUUUGACUCUCAGGUGUGUAUUAUAUUCUAGCAAAUAAGAAGGAGACUUAUAAUUAGUGUGACCAGUUUGUUUUGUUUUAGUAGUCUUUGUUUCUUAUAAUGUUUCGUUGACACUUCAGUCAUUGGAGGCUUUGAAUAACUUCUGUUACUGAUGAAUAAAUAAUUAGCCGUUUGUUACUUUCGCUUUUGGGGGCCUGGUUUGGUAAAUUAAUGUGGAUUUUGUAUGUUGAAUUUCAAAUUGAAAUUUUCAUUUUUCUUUGGUUUAUAAUAGAAGCUAAUUUCCACUUAUAAUAAGCAAAAUUAUUCAGUUUUAAUUCGUUUUAACUUAAUCUAGCAAAUGAGAAGUAAUGGGAUACUGGGGGAAUGAUCACUCUGUAUUAGUUUUAGAGGAAAGCGGUUUUAAUAGCUGGAAUGUUACAAAAGUAAUGAGGCAAUAAUAAAUGUGUGAUGUAACAUAUUACUCAAGACACCAACUCGACUCUGUGGUACAGCCAAUUUGAAAAGGUUAUUAUUAUGGCAUUUUUAUUCUGUAAACACGGAGUCUAACUGGAAUAAAAUUAUUCUGCAAGAAUAUCUAAUUAUUUUUCAUGUCCUAGUUUUCCUACAUUUAAGAGUAUCUGUUGAUUCCAAGACUUGUUUUGGG